AUGCCUGCUGCCGCGCUGGUGGAGGCGUUCAGGGCGACGUGCGAGGGGCACGUGGCGGACGUUGCGUGCACGCCGCAGGGCAAGACGCUGCUGCAGGCGGCGCUGCGGACGCAGCGGUCGGAGGUGCUGGACUCCGUGGUGACGGAGCUGUGCCCGCGGCUGCGCGACGUGGCGGUGGACGUGCACGGGUGCCACGUGCUGCGGACGCUGGUGGAGGCGUGCACCGCGGAGCAGACUGAGGCGCUGAUCGGCGCGAUGCACGCGUCGGUUGUGCUGAACAUGUGCACCACGUCGCAGUACACGCGGCGCACGCUGCAGUCGCUGUUCGAGCGGCGCGAGGUGGACCUGUCUGCGGUUGUGCACGUGCUUGCGGACAACGCGGGGUACCUUGCGGCGACGCAGCAGGGGUGCAUCUCGCUGAUGCGCGUGUUCGAGCUGUGCGACGCGGCACAGAAGGCGGAGCUUGUGCGCGAGCUGCUGCCGAAGUUGGCUGCGCUGUCGAUGGAUGCGUUUGCGAACUACAUGGUGCAGUGCGCGAUCGAGCACAGCGAUCGCACGACGGCGGCGCAGUACGUUGUGACCCACUUCACCGGCAACAUAUUGCAGAUGAGCUGCAACAAGCACUCCAGCAACGUGCUGGAGGUUGUCCUGCGGUGCUGUGGCGAGGUUCCGGCGGUGCGGCGCCUUUUUCUGGACGAGCUGGUUUUCAACCCAGCCGCCCUGAAGGAGGUGGUUGGCGACCUGUACGGGAACUUUGUGGUGCAGGCGCUGAUCAGCGUUGUGACGAACCCGAUGGAGUUCAAGCGUGUGGAGGACCGCCUGCGCCCCGCACUGGUGGGGUGCCAGUUCGCGCCGAAGAUCGAGGGGAAGCUCAAGGCGAAGCGUUCAGGCCCGCCCCACACGGGCGGUGCGGUGCACCAUCAUCCCUACCCGCAGUCGCACCAGCAGCGUCCGCUUUCGGGACCGUGCACCAUGCCGGACCAUCUUGGCCCCUGCGCGCCUAGCGUGAGACCCACUGUACCGCUUUCACAGGUGCCGGUGAUGUCUGUCGGUGAGGCGCGCGUUCCGUCUCAAGGUUACUGUCACCGCCCCUACGACCGCACUCCGCUAUGCUGCGUACCGCUCGCAGCUGAGCAGCAGCAACCCCAGAGCGUGGAGCAGGCGCCAUCUGGGCAUGCGUACCCUGCUGAUCACUUCCAGUUUCCAAUUCUCAAAGGGCGUACCUCUGCUCGCACCCCCGGCCCCGUCCCCGUAACGGACGGGGCGGACAGCGGACCCGUGUACGGUCCCUCGCCGGCGGCACGCCGCCACCUUCAGCAGCAGCAGCAGGCGUUUUGUCCGCCAUUCAACAUCAUGUGCUGA